UCUUGGGCAGACUUUUCAGUCCCUUUUAGUGCAUCAUGUCUGAACUUUUGCUGCCAGACCGCCCAGAGGAGCCCUUGCCCUCAGAUUGUUGUAAUAGUGGUUGCACGCCGUGCAUACUUGAUGUUUAUGAUGAUUUGGUAAAGGAGUGGGAAGAUAAGUGCAAUCGUUUGAAAUUGGGUGCUGCUGGAUUUGAUGUGAAUAGAUCUUUUAAUGAACCUGCUCUGUUUCAGACCAAGUACAGCCCUUUCAGAAUAGCUUUUAUCAAACCUUUAUCAAAUGACACUAGUAUAUUCCGCUUCCAAGCAGUUAAAAAAGAUAGUGACUCUGAUGAAAUGUCGUACAGAGACCUAGAAACCAAUUUGGAUUUAAAACCUUCACAGUAUUUAAUAUUACAAGGGAAAGACACUGUAGAAGGCAAAGAAAAUCAUUUUACUAGAGCAUAUACACCUAUUUCAACUAGUAAGGGGUGUUUUGAUGUUGUUAUUAAAAUGUAUCCUAAAGGCAAAAUGUCUCAGUUUAUACAGAAGUUGGUUCUAGGAAACAUAACCUUUUGGCGGGGGCCUUAUGGAGGGUUUAGUUAUGAGCCUAACAAGUUUAGACGCCUUCUAAUGCUCUGUGCUGGCACAGGCAUAGCACCUUUGUACUCUCUAGCCUCCAAUAUUGUUAACAAUGAGGAGGAUGAAACAACAAUUAAAAUUUUAUUCUGUUGUAAAGAUGAGGCCAACAUAAUUUUAAGAGAGGAAAUCCAUUCCCUUCGGUCUUUUUGGAACUUCAGUGCUGACAUUUAUCUACCCCAUAGUUGUGCAAGUACCUGUAAACCUUUGUAUGGAGAGACAUUAAAGACUGGUCGUUUGGGCCAAGAUGCAAUUGCAUCCGAGUUAAAAUGUAAUAGCACUAAUACUUGGGUUCUCAUUUGUGGGAAUCCAGAGUUUUGCAAAGAAAUGCAUCAGUUUGUUAGCAAGUGUAGUAUAAAGGCUGAACAUAUACACAUUUUUGAUUAAAGUUUAUGUAAUUUUGGUAACAGUUAAUGAUUUAAAUUAAAGCUUUGAUCUGUAAA